UGAGUAGCCUUCAAGUUCAUCGACGCUCCGCAUUCCUCUGGCUGCUGCAGCAGCAGGCCAGCAGGGCCACCCCUCCGGCAGGUAGCCAUUCGCCUUAGAUCAAAUGGGGCUUCCCUCUGUAACUUUUUGAGAGUUUUUUUUUGCGGGGGGGGGCAGAUCUGAUGUUUUAACUUGUGUUGUACACCGCUUUGAGUUUUGUUUCGGACAUAAGCGGCAUACAAAUCGUCUAAAUAAAUGCAUAAAUCUGAGGGCGGAACUGUUGAGUCAGCGGGGCUCGGUUUCCGGCGGGGCUGUUUUCGGAGGCGGACACGCCUGGUCUCCUUCCGAGGAGGCCGAGAGAGAGAGAGGCGCGGAGGCGUCAAUGGCAGAGGGGAAGAGGCAGGAGGUCCGCGGAGAGAGCCUGGGCUUCUCGGUAUCCACCUUCUCUGGGCGAAUGGCAGGCUGGAUCACAGGUCAAGGACACAAUCCAUCUAGGUGAAAGCACUCAGCGAGGGCGUGGAGCAAGACUGGUUCACUUCUGACGCCUGGCCUUGCAGCAGCCUGUUUGAAUGAUGGAAGUGGAGGAUGAAAUUGAAAAGAUCAAUAUCGUCGGGGAGAACCACCAUGAGAGUGAGCCGGGUGAUCUGGGGCUGCUCAGCGCCCCAAAGGCCGCCCCCAGCACCUGGCAGCACAAAUGCGCCUCUUACGUCCUGGCUCUCCGGCCCUGGAGCUUCAGUGCCUCCCUCACCCCAGUGGCCCUGGGCAGUGCCCUUGCCUACCGCUCCCGGGGGACUUUGGACCCAGGACUGCUGGUUGGCAGCGCGGUGACCGUCUUGGCGGUCCACGGGGCCGGGAACCUUGUGAACACCUACUACGACUUCUCCAAGGGGAUCGACCACAAGAAAAGCGAUGACCGGACCUUGGUGGACCGGAUUCUGGAGCCCCAAGACGUGGUCAGAUUCGGGGUCUUCUUGUACACCCUCGGCUGCAUCUCUGCAGCUUGCCUGUAUUGCCUCUCCACCCUCAAGCUGGAGCAUCUGGCCUUGAUCUACUUUGGAGGCCUCUCCAGCUCCUUCCUUUAUACUGGAGGCAUCGGCUUUAAGUACGUGGCGCUGGGCGACGUGGUGAUCCUCAUCACCUUUGGGCCGCUGGCUGUGAUGUUUGCCUACGCCGUGCAGGUGGGCUACCUGUCCGUCUCACCCUUGCUCUACGCCGUCCCGCUGGCCCUGAGCACCGAGGCCAUCCUGCACAGCAACAACACCCGGGACAUGGAGUCGGACCGGCAGGCGGGCAUCGUCACUCUGGCCAUCCUCAUCGGCCCCACCCUCUCCUACUUCCUCUACAACACCCUCCUCUUCCUGCCUUACCUGAUCUUCUGCGUCCUGGCCACGCGGUACACCAUCAGCAUGGCCCUCCCGCUGCUCACCGCCCCCCUGGCCUUCUCCCUGGAGAGGCAGUUCCGCAGCCAAAGCUUCGUCAAGAUCCCCCAAAGGACAGCCAAGCUGAACCUCUUGCUGGGAUUCUUCUACGUCUUUGCCAUCCUCUUGGCGCCUCCGGGUGCCCUCCCCAAGCUUUAGGGGGGCACCGCUGGGCUCUGGGUCUGCAGCGGGAAAGUUCCUGUGAGGGGGCCAGGGCUGGAAACUGUGGGUGAUCCCUUGAGAUCUAAGAGCAGCGCAGGUUGGUUAUUCUACCUCCGUCUGCCCUCAGCCAGCUCCCCACCUGCCUUUCGGCUUGCUUACAUCCAGUCCAAGGGGUGGCAGUGGCUGGCAGUUUCCUCCUCCUCCGUCCGUUACCCUUACAGAACUCAGUGAGGAGGAGAACGGCAGCAAAACUAGAACGAGUUGGCUCCACCUCUCAUUGGCUCCGGUUCCGCUUUCUCUGGGCCCGCCUCCCUGCUCAUUUCAGUGGGCACUAGCCGCCCCUGCCUGGGAGAUGCUGGUGGACUUUUCUGGCCUUUCCUCAGACAGAAGAACUGCAGGCUUCGCGAUUGAGCUUUUUGUCUUAACAGCUUAGGGGACUGGGCCGUUGAUCUCGAGUUGUGCCAGCCCUGUAUACUGCCUGUCUCUGUAAGGAUGCUACAACCGUGGCGGGGUUUUUUUUGUCUUGUUUAGAAAACCAGAAAUAAAUAUAUAUAUAUUAAA